AUGCCUGAACAAAGCAACGAUUACAGAGUAGUGGUGUUUGGAGCAGGAGGCGUUGGCAAGAGUUCCUUAGUCUUGAGGUUUGUGAAAGGUACUUUCCGAGAGAGCUAUAUCCCCACUGUUGAAGAUACCUAUCGUCAGGUGAUCAGCUGCGAUAAGAGUAUCUGCACGUUGCAGAUUACUGACACAACAGGCAGCCAUCAGUUCCCAGCAAUGCAGCGCCUCUCUAUUUCCAAAGGUCAUGCCUUUAUCUUGGUUUAUUCCAUCACAAGCCAGCAGUCCUUGGAAGAACUCAAACCCAUUUAUGAACAAAUCUGUCAGAUCAAAGGAGACGUGGAAAGCAUCCCUAUCAUGCUAGUGGGGAACAAGAAUGAUGAGAGUUCAAACCGGGAGGUGGAGAGCAGUGAGGGUGAAGCUCUGGCAAAGAAAUGGAAGUGUGCCUUCAUGGAGACCUCAGCCAAGAUGAAUCAUAACGUUAAAGAGCUCUUCCAAGAGCUACUAAAUCUGGAGAAACGCAGAAGUGUGUGUCUUCAGAUUGAUGGAAAAAAGAGUAAGCAGCAGAAAAGGAAAGAGAAGCUGAAGGGUAAAUGUGUGGUCAUGUAA